AUGUAUUUUUCUCCGUCCUUCGUUACACGUGGCAGCCUCUGCGUUGUUUGUGUUGUUUGGGUGAGGCGGAGUAGGAAGAAUCGGAGAUUCGGUAGUUUGAUAGCGAAGCAGGAGAAAGGAGAUGUUACGGAGAUUCGUAUUCCGGUUCCGUUAACGUUGGAGCAGGAAGAGAAGGAGAAACAAAACAGAGAUGAUGAUGAUGAAUAUGAAGAUGUAUACAAAGAAGGAGAAGAAGUCGAUCCUGAAGAUCUCAGAUACGUUAACGAGAUCAAACGGGUAUUAGAGCUUCUCAGGAGGAAUAGGGAUAUGAUCUUCAGUGAGGUUAAGUUGACAAUCAUGAUUGAGGAUCCAAGGGAAGUGGAAAGAAGGAGGCUGCUUGGAAUUGAAGAUUCAGAGACCCCAAGUAGGGAUGACUUGGCUGAAGCCUUGGAGCAGGUAAAUGAUGGGAAAGUCCCUAAAGAUCGUGCCACUCUCCGGAUGCUACAUGAGGAAAUGAUGCGUUGGCCAAAUUUAGAGGUUGAGGUGUCAAAGAAGCAGCGAGGAAAAUCAAUGUAUGCUAAAUCCACAGACACCGGGAUAGAUCCAAAAGAAGCAGCCAAGAGACUCAACAUAGAAUGGGAUUCAGCUGCUGCAAUUGAAGAAGCUGAUGUCAAUGAGGAACAAGGAGUAGUAACCAAAGUCGCAGUUUGUUCCCAAAUCUCUCUCAAACGCUUUCACAGACUACUGAUUAUUUUUUCCAAGGGACCAAAUGUGAGGAACACCAAUGCUCAUAUCAAAUUUAUGAAACUCUGA